AUGUCAAGGGUACAACAGGCAGACGGUCAUCAACUGAUCAGUUCGUUCGAUUCAUUUCUUUUCGAUGCUGAUGGAGUGCUGUGGCUUGAUGACACAGCAUUACCGGGCGCUGCAGAUUUCCUGCGACAUCUCGUAUCUGCUGGUAAAAAUGUCUUCAUACUAACAAAUAAUUCAACCAAGACAUUGGAUGAUUACGUGAAUAAAUGUAAGCGAAUAGGCUUUGAUAUGCUGUCUGAUGACCACAUUUUAUCACCUGCUAAAGUUCUGGCUCACAUAUUGGCCAAGGAAAAGUCCGACUUGCCAGUGUAUAUUGUUGGUUCAAGUGGUUUACAAAGAGAAUUGAAAAAAGAAGGAAUAGAAAGCUUUGGGACAGGUCCCGAUCUUGUCGAGUCUUACACCAAUGUCGAAUCCAUACAACAAAUGGAUAUAUCCAGAAAAGUGAGAGCUGUAGUAGUUAGCUUCGAUAUACAUCUAAGCUAUCCUAAAAUAAUGAGGGCUGCAAACUAUAUCAAUCAGGCAGGAGUACGUUUUUAUGCUACCAAUCCAGAUCCAAGGCUGCCUGGGCCUGUACCAGGUGUUGUUAUACCAGGAUCAGGUGUCAGUAUGAGAGCAGUGCAAACAGCUGCUGGCAAAGAACCAGUCGUAAUUGGUAAGCCUAGCAAAACAAUGUUCGAAUACAUCAAGGAAAGGUUCAAUCUGAAGGCCGAAAAGUCAGUGAUAUUUGGUGACUCAUGUGAAACAGAUAUAAAAUUUGGACAUGUAAAUGGUCUAACAUCGGUUUUAGUAGGUACUGGAGUGCACGAUCUGAACAAAGUUGAGGAAUUCGAGAAACAUGGAUAUAAAGAUUUUAUUCCAAAUUUCUAUACUCCUUCUCUUAAAGUACUUUUUGAUAUAUUACAGAAAUAG